AUGGCUAGGACCAAAGCAACCGAGAUGAUAGCGUGGAGACAGAUGUAUGAAGAAGGUCUUGCAAGAGCUGCACAAUUGGAAACAGACAAAAACAAGGCCCACGCAUUAAUCGAACGUGAAGAAAGCAAAGAGGCAUUUAAGGAUGUCGAUGACGGAUGUACUACCUUGGAAAGUCGAAGUUCAACUUAUGACACACUCUCGGAUGAUUUUGACAAAGAUGCUGAUGAAGUCAGUGGCCAAGAAAAUAUACAGCAGUCACGGAAUACACCUAUGGGAAGGAUUGUAACAAGCUCUAACUCGAAACCGAACAUACUUGAUAAUUGCAAUCAAUAUGGUGCGGAGGACUGCAACAUGCAUCUCCGAGGCCAUUACAUUGCAGCCAACAUACUCUCAUGUUCCGAAUAUGUUCCAAUCAUUCAGAUGCUCGUACAAGCGGUGAUUUCAAUCCCUUCCGAUCCAUAUUGCGUCUACCUGGAAGCGCAGAUGUCUAAAGCCCUCAAAGACUGGCUUAAGACUGUCCCUGGCAUAGUUGUCUUCAACGAUAGUGUCAUUUUAAAUGCGGUGGACUACAGUGAGUGGCACAAGGUAAUGACGUAUGUGCCUAAAUACCGCGAACCUGAUUUACCUGUCGGUGAUCGCUGGCGCACUAUUGGAUAUGGAUCGUCUAUGGGCCGGCCUGUUUUUGUCAUUGGUUCGUCAGAAGAUACCCAUCAGCCCAGGUACGACAUUCUUAUGGUGCCAAUGCUUUCUUUGCAAAAGGGCGCAUACGACACUUACCCAGUCCAGUCGUUGGAGCCUAUGCUAUUUGAUGCCACAAAAAUGGCCAUCAUCCAUGGUGAAGAGUUGUUAGGUCAAGACUACGAAUACGGCUUGCUGCGAGAAACCGUUCCAUUUGAUUGUCUGCGCCCAGUUAACUGCAUCGAUGACAAUUUAUUGCACUUGUUCAUCAAGAGCAAACAUCCAUUGGUUGCUCGAAAUAGGCAUCGAACUCCGCGACCAAAGAGCUGGAAUUUCUACUUGGGGGAGUCGGUUAUCGUUCGCGGUUGUUCAAGCCAACAUUCUUCUCAAUUGUUCGAGGACGGUGGAAGUCGUACUUGCACUAUAGUCGACGUUCAUGACACUUAUCUCGAGCUCGAUGACAUUAAACAUUCUGGAAGGUUCAUUGUGAAAGAAUGGCAUGCGAUCGAGAAGAUUUUUAAAGUAGGUCAAUUUGUGGUUAAGGGUAAUAUUUGUGGAUUUGUGGAUGUUAUUGAGUUAAACGCGCUUCAUUUGAUUGUGUUGGGUGGGGGUCAAGAGAAGGAGCAAACAGCUGAACAGAUUGUCAUUCAUCCUAACAGCGUGCAGAUAUGGAAUUCUAAUCGAUUAAACAAUUCGUCAUCUGCGCUUGAAUCUAUCCGUCCUGCAUCCACAUGCAUUUCAUAUAGUUCCAUUCCCUGGGUGGGAAUGUGUGGGGUCGUACUUAAACAAGGUAGUCCAUUUCGAGGGCUGCUGGUAUUCGUCAAGGAUGUCAGGGUUGAAAAAACGCAUUGGAGAUCUUCAUGCUUGGAUACAAACCACUCCGUCUAUGAAGCGAAGACCUCCGCAUUUCAUUCGUCACACACUAAAUCUCCUACAACUAUUGCUGGAUUAAUAGUUCCUGGAAUGGGUGCUACGCCGAGAUAUAUUCCCGAUUUACAAGUAAUGUUGUUGGUUCAAUGUGUGAGCUACUCUCCUGAAACAGGCAGGGGGUUUUCAGAAAUGUGGGUUCCAUAUAAAGAAGUGGUAGACACACAAACACACUUGCCUCUGGCGAUGGUACUGGAUUCAUUAAUUGAACAACGAUUUCUUCCUCCCAUUGAUACAAGCUCAAUUAGUCAUCACCAAGAAGCCCGUUCCACAACUCCACUUCCUACAGCAGAAGAAGGCUCCCUGUCUCCAGCUUGGAAUCCGUUUUCCAGUUUCCCUCAUAACUCGACUUGCUCUACCAUAGCUGAUACAUCUGCAGCACUUGGGGAAAACGUACCAGCUGAAGAGUCUUCCAUUUAUUGCCAUUGGACACAAGACUUACGCAUGGCAGCAAUAGGUGAUUUGAAAGUUCGUGUGAUGGUAGGCGGGCAGGAGUGUCGAGGGUCUCUAAUCCAACAUGAAAAUCGUAUGCAAUUGCGUCUAUUAAGAGGUGGGAUUAUCGAGCCUCAUAGGAUACUGCCUCGACAUCCCACGCCUAGAAAUCAGCAUGGUUCGUUGUGGGUAAUUAUUCGAGGUGAACAUUGCGGUGUACUCGUUCGGGGUUUGCACUAUUUUCGCCGCAAUGAUGUAACAUGGUGGGAUGUGCGAGUUACCGAAUGGAAGAAGGAGGGCAGAUGGGUGUAUCUGAACAUAGAACUUCAAGUACCAUAUACUGAUCUCAAUUUGGUGGUCGAGCCAACAAGUGAAAAGGUUGCGAACCAGGCAGAGGCGUAUAAGAUGUGGGAAUUUAGCAGGGCAGAUUAUUUUAAAAAAGUUUGA